CCACGUGCGGCCGAUGAGAGGCGAGAAGGCAGCCCCUUGUCUCCCCCGUUCACGCGCUCAUCGCGUGAGCCCACCGCGGGAAGGCGGGGCCAGCCUAAAACACCAAUGGGAGUGAAGUGGGCGGGCUCUACCCGGACCAGGGAGGCGAGGCAGGCCCAGUGCGGCCAAUGAGAGCUGGAGGCGCUGGGUGGUCGUUGGCCGCGUGAGGCUCACGCAUGGCGGAUGCGGUGUUGUUCGAAUUUCUGCACACCGAGAUGGUGGCGGAGCUGUGGACUCCUGACCCCGACCCAGGCUCGGGGGGACCAGAGACGAGCCCGUCGGUCCUGGAGAGUGUGGGUUUCCGCGUGGGCCAGGCUCUGGGUGAGAGGCUGCCCCGGGACAUCCCGGCCUUCAGGGAGGAGCUGGAUGUCCUCAAGUUCCUUUGCAAAGACCUGUGGGUGGCCGUGUUCCAAAAGCAGAUGGAUGGCCUUCGCACCAAUCACCAGGGGACCUACGUCUUGCAGGACAACAGCUUCCCCCUCCUUGUCCCAAUGGCCUCGGGCCUGCAGUAUCUGGAAGAAGCCCCCAAGUUCCUGGCCUUCACCUGCGGCCUUCUGUGCGGCGCCCUCCAUACCCUGGGCUUCCAGAGCCUGGUCACCGCCUCCGUGGCAGCCCUGCCCGCCUGGGACAUGAUAGACAUGCUCCAGGUUGGUUUUACUCGCGGGGGGCUGCAGAGACGGGCGAGGACUUGCAGCCCGCCUUGGUCGCUGCUGGGAUGCAGGCUUCUCAGCAGGUAAGUUCCAGGUGGUGAUCCAGAAAUCCUGAGACCCUCGGGUCCCCCGCCCAGCGCACAGUCCUCCUGGCCUUCACGCCCUCUGCAGAAGCCGUGCCUGGGCCCAGGGCCCUGGGCUGCUGCUCUCGUGGGGGGUCUGGCAGCUAGUGCUGGGAUCCCAGCGCUGAAUGUCACAUGCCCAAAGGGACGUCGGGGUCCUGGAGGCAAGGUGGUCCCACACAGUUGGGACUGUGGAGGGACAUGGGAUGCAUCACUCAGGUGUUCAAUAAAGUUCUGUAUGUGGCAUCGGAUUCAGAGUGGAAGUG